UUCCACUCGGUAAAUGUGUUUAAAAAUGCUCGAUGAAGCAACUACUUCGGUCCGCUGGCUCUUAAAAAACUGCAGGCAGCCUUUGCAGAGAGAGUGUUUUAUUUUAUUCUUUCUUUCAUAAUUAAGAGGGGUUAAAUGCGGAAUGAUCGCAUAAACAACUCCGGCGAGGGUCCCCGGUGACACGCGGGUGGGCGUUUCACGAGCACCGUGGACCUGACAUCACGCCGCGCUUUGUUAUAUAGACCCGCGGCACGAGGCGCAUCUCGAGCAGACGGUGCGCGGCCGCCGGCACGUUCACAGCACAGGAGCGAGCGAGCGAACGAGAGAACGAGCGAACGAGCGUUUAACGGAACCGAUCGGACUCCCGAGCGGAGUCAGUGUUCGGGGAUUCUUCCUGCUCACGGGUGCACCUGCGGCGCGCCGCUCCGGGACACCAUCCCCAUCCCAGAGCAUUCGAGAGCGACGGCCAGGAGGUUCCGCGUCAGUACAAUAAGCAAGCAAAGAAAGCGAACGAGACGAGAGCAAAGUAACAAGCGCAGCUCAGUCGUGUGUCCAGCCAUGUCGAAGGCGCAGGGCUCCGAAGCGGGCACACAGGUGUCGCAGCGCGCGUUUCUGGGCACCAUGAUGAGCCGCGGGCUGCAGGGCUCUCGGGCGCUGCCGAGUGUAGAAUGAAGGUGAGCGAGGGACGCAGAGCGCAGACAUGUCGGUGCCUUUACUCAAGAUCGGGGUCGUGCUCAGCACCAUGGCCAUGAUCACCAACUGGAUGUCCCAGACCCUGCCCUCCCUGGUGGGACUCAACACCACGAAGCUCGCAGCCGCACCCGGGGGUAUCCCCGAUCGGAGUAUCGGAGUGCUGCCAGCAAACCCAGAGGAGUCAUGGCAGGUCUACAGCUCAGCCCAGGACAGUGAGGGCAGGUGCAUUUGCACCGUGGUGGCCCCCCAGCAGGCCAUGUGUUCACGGGAUGCACGAACCAAACAGCUGAGGCAGCUGCUGGAGAAGGUCCAGAACAUGACACAAUCCAUCCAAGUGCUGGACCAGCGGACGCAGAGGGACCUUCAGUAUGUAGAGAAGAUGGAGAUUCAGUUGCGUGGUCUGGAGACCAAAUUUCGACAGGUGGAAGAGAGCCACAAACAAAAUAUUGCCAAGCAAUACAAGGCAAUAAAAACGAAAAUGGAGGAACUUAGGCCAUUGAUACCAGUGUUGGAGGAGUACAAAGCCGAUGCAAAAUUGGUAUUGCAGUUUAAAGAGGAAGUCCAGAAUCUGACGUCAGUUCUAAACGAACUUCAGGAGGAGAUGGGAGCCUAUGACUACGAGGAGCUACAGAACAGAGUGUCAAAUCUUGAGGAGAGGCUCCGAGCAUGCAUGCAAAAAUUAGCUUGUGGGAAGUUAACAGGGAUAAGCGACCCAGUCACAAUAAAAACAUCUGGAUCAAGGUUUGGAUCAUGGAUGACGGAUCCUCUGGCACCUGAAGGAGAUACCAGGGUGUGGUACAUGGAUGGCUACCACAACAACCGCUUUGUGCGCGAAUACAAGUCCAUGGCAGAUUUUAUGAGAAGUGACAAUUUCACUUCACACCGGCUACCCCAUCCGUGGUCGGGCACUGGACAGGUGGUGUACAACGGCUCCAUCUACUUCAACAAAUUCCAGAGCCACAUCAUCAUCAAGUUUGACUUCAGGACCUCCUCCAUCGGCAAGUCACGACAGUUGGAUUACGCGGGCUACAACAACAUGUACCACUAUGCAUGGGGUGGCCAUUCUGACAUCGACCUCAUGGUAGACGAAGGAGGCUUGUGGGCCGUGUACGCCACCAAUCAGAAUGCAGGCAACAUCGUCAUCAGCAAGCUGAACCCCAACACCCUUCAGAUCAUCAAGACCUGGACCACUAACCAUCCCAAGAGGAGCGCCGGUGAGGCUUUCAUGAUCUGCGGCACACUUUAUGUCACCAAUGGCUACUCCGGAGGCACCAAGGUUUACUACGCCUUUCACACUAACUCCUCCACCUAUGAAUACAUUGAUAUAGCCUUCCAGAACAAGUAUUCCCACAUCUCUAUGCUGGACUACAAUCCAAGAGACCGGGCCUUGUAUGCGUGGAAUAAUGGACACCAGGUGCUCUACAACGUCACUUUGUUUCACGUUGUUCGCUCCGAAGAGCUCUAGACUCCUGCUUACAGAUAUUUCGUAGUCUUCAGUGCUUUCGUGGAACAUAUGCUAUUGAAGAAUAUGACAACAAAAAGUUGUCUGCAAUAACAAAAUAUACAGUAAAUAUAUAAUGAAUGGAGGAAGUUGCCAAAAGGUCACACAUGUCUUUUUUUUAAGUAAAUCAAAAUAAACUAGAGUCUACUGGUGUGUCCAUGAAAGCACGUCAUUUCCUCGCCUUUGCUGUAUAAACUGGUAGCAAACUCGGAAUUACUAUCGGUAAAGAACCGGAGUUCUGCGCACAGAAUCUCUACACAGCGACAGGAUCAAUUCAUGUACUUUAUAAUAGUUCAAGGAAAUGAUCCAUGCAGCGAAGAAGAACACCAGAAUUGAAUACCCUGACUGUUGGAAAUAUCCAGUGUAUCAUGCUUGUUUUUGUGGCUAUUUGUGGAAAAUUGCCUUUUUCUUACUCUUUUGCAUGGCCUUUUAUAUCACCGUCACCUUUUCCUCUUGAUGUUUUUUGCUGAUAAUGCCAUUAAGCUACAGAGGUUAAAUACCUGAGUGGUAAAUGCUUGAUGUUGUUACUGUUGUGCUUUCUUUGUCCUUAACUGAACUGUAUAAAAAGCUCCUGUCCAGCGACGAACAGGGACUGAAUCAGCUUGACAUAUCUAAAGAAUGAUAAUGUAGCUAGAAACUGGCACGUCUUUAGAAUGUAUUUUACUGCUUUUUAUGUUGCCAAAUAGAGAUCAAUGGCUUACACCUCUGUGCUUAAUUGGAUGUGUCUUGUACAUGAAGCAAAGUAGUCCAAUUCAUAUUGAUAAACAACAAUCCUCAUUCUGAAUGUAUAGCCUGAAAAAAGGCUUUCUUCAGCUUUGAGAUUCUGAUGUAUCUGAUGCAUUAUUUGUGAAGAUUUUUGCUUACUUUUACAAUGCAACGAGUUACUAAUCAUGUUUUUUGAGCAUGUGACAGUUAA